AGCUCUUCUCCGCAGACGAGCUGGAGCUGGAUGUCCGGACACUUGCUGCUGCACUUCUCUAAAUGAUCCGGAGAAGUGAGGAGAAGGAGAAUCACUGCGACGCACAUGGCUCGAUGACAUGAUGUUCCUGUCCUUUUCCCCUCCCCCUUCCACUUCCACUCCUUUCUUCCCUGUUUUCCUUCUGCUCCUUCUUUUCCUUCCUUCGUCCCUCGUCUCCUCUUCCCUUUCCCACACCCCGUUGAGCUGGACCUCGCCUCAUGACCCCUGCUACUACCUUGACGGUCGACCGCGACACUGCCUGUCUGAGUUCAUCAACGCCGCCUAUGGAAUCCCCGCCGAUGCUAGCCACUCGCUACAAGCACAUGACCAUGACAGCAACAUCUCCAGCUUAACGGACCUCCACAACCCCCACAACCUCACCUGCUGGAUGGCUCGCGGAGGACCUGACACCGGAGAAUGGGCCAUCACGCUACCUCUGGGCCGCCGCUUUGAUAUUACCUACAUAAGUUUGCAGUUUUGCCAACACGGGGAGCCAUCGGACCCAAUCUCUAUCUCGAUCCUGAAGUCCAUGGACCACGGGCGCUCCUGGAGGCCGAUGCAGCACUACUCCAACGACUGCCUUGGGAACUUUGGGUUGCCCUCCCAGACAGUGGCCCAGACGAGGCAGCAAGAGACGGAGCCCCUCUGCUCAGACCCUCGUCCUUUACAAAAGCAGCGGGGUGGCAUGGUGUUAGCCUUCUCCACCCUGGACGGACGGCCAUCUUCUUCUGACUUUGACUACAGCCACACCCUCCAGGACUGGGUGACGGCCACAGACAUCCGAGUAGUCUUCCACCAGGUGUCCAAAGCACCCAAGAUAGUCAACUCUGAUAAGAAAGGGGAAGUACGAUGGCGGGAUAGUGUAGAAGAUGACAGAGGGACUGGGCUUCUGAGGUGGAGACCGGGCUACAAGGGGCGCACUGGAGAUCAGGUGGACAAGUUAAGCACAGACAAUACACUGGGAAUUUUCGACAGAGAUAUAAGAGGGAGGAACAAAGAGGAGAAAGUGGACAAACACCCAAGGAGGGGUCAUUAUAAAGAAUCAGGGCAAGACGAAGAUGGACACAAUGUGACCAGCAAAGAAGGUGAGGAUAGUUUCAGCACGGACACGCUCACUUCUUCAAAGAAAGGCGGGAAAGCCAGAGGGCGUGGCCGCAAGAAGGAAAACAAUCCUUGGCCACCUUGCCCCAAUGGAGGUUGUACUUGGACAGUUGAGGGGCGGAGCAGGAACAACAGGGGGAGGGAACUGAGGAAGAGGAGGAACAAUAACCUCAACGCAAAACAAGGCUCCAGGAAUCUGCAGUUGGCCCCACCCUCUGCUCUCCGACCUCCUUUGGCGCUUUCGGACCUGCAAGUUGGCGGCAGGUGUAAAUGCAACGGACACGCUUCCAAGUGUCGCCGCGACGACACCGGAAAAGCAGUGUGUGUGUGCGAGCAUCACACAGCAGGACCCGACUGUGAUGUGUGUGAGGAUUUCUACUGCGACCGACCGUGGCAUCGAGCUACACCCACGCACCCAAACCCCUGCGUUGCCUGUGAGUGUAACGGCCACUCAACCAAGUGCCGCUUCAGCAUGGAGGUGUUUCAGCAGUCGGGCCGGCACAGUGGAGGUGUGUGUCAGAAGUGUCGGCACCACACGGCCGGACGACACUGCCAAUACUGCCAGAAUGGAUACACCCACGACCAGAGCGUACCAAUGAACCACCGCAAGGCCUGCCAACCAUGUGAGUGCCAUCCUUUGGGAGCAGUGGGUCGAUGGUGUAACCAGACAUCAGGUCAAUGUCUGUGUCGAGAAGGGGUGACCGGCCCCCGGUGUAACCGCUGUGCUCCGGGAUACAAACAGGGCAAGUCCCCUCUGCGGCCCUGCAUACGAAUUCAAGAAGUCGCUCCGACACCAGUGUUUCAACCUCAGUACAGCAUAGCGGAGGAGUGUGUUUCAUACUGCCAGCCUUCUCAGGUCAAAGUCAGGAUGAACUUGGAGACCUAUUGUCUGAAGGACUUCGUGCUGAAGGUGCAGGUGCGAGGGAUGGAGCGUUCAGGUCCCUGGUGGCAGUUCUCCAUCUCGGUCCAAACCGUCUUCCGGGCAGGGUCCAAAUCCCGCAUCCGAAAGGGCCAGCAGUCCCUCUGGGUCCCCGACCGAGACCUGGGCUGCGGCUGCCCCUCCCUCCACGUGGGCCGGACCUUCCUGCUGAUCGGUGCGGAGGAGGGGGAGCGGGGCUUGGGCCCGGAGGAGAGUCGCCUGGUGGCGGACCGCUCCACUCUGGCCCUCCAGUGGCGGGAACACUGGAGCCCCAAACUCAGGGGCUUUCGGGGGCAGGACAAGAGGGGCCGCUGCCCGCCAAAAUCCCCCCACGAGCACCACCAUCACAGGGAGCGAACAAACCCCCAGUCUGGGUACAUCCCCCCUCACCUGCUGACUGAGAAACAAAGCGAGGACACACACGUGGACACACACAUAGAGGACACUCAAACAUCAGUGGUGCCACACACACAGUCCCACACACAGGUGAAACCCACAGAGGAGACCCCAUCGCCUACCCCUGCUCUGGUUUGCUCCACUCAAGGUCCUGUUCACAGAGAGACAUAAAAACAAGAAAUGCACGGCUUCAGAGUUUUAUAUUUUUACAGAAAGUUUCAGGAGGCAUGACUUUUGCUUCCUCAGCCUGGACAAACUCCCCUUCACACACACAUGCACACGCACACCCACACACACACCCACCCACCCACACCC